CAGAGAAAAGUAACGGCUAUCACGUGACAAGGCUGCUUGUAUGCCCUUUCAACAAAUAUAAUUUUCAGCGAAACAGUUACACUUCUUAACUUUAAUAGACACUGAAAUAAGCACAAACAGAAGAAAGUUAAAACAGCAUAAAUAUUAUUUAGACUCGCCGAGGCUCCGCCCACUCCGUUACGUCAGUCCGCGCCUCGCUCUGAUUGGCUCCCAGCGGAACGGCUGCGUGGCGAUUCCAGCCUCCGACGAGAGAAACUUCUCAAACUUUACAAACGCAGAAUAACUUCUGUUUUCUUCAGCGUUAUCCUCCUGACGCGCCGCUUCAGAAGAGAGCUCAGUCAUGCAGGCCAGCGGCGUGAAGCAGCGGCAGAAGAGCGCACACAAGCCGCAGAACGGAGAGCCGCAGCGGCGGCGGAGCGAGGACGAGCCCGGGAUCAGAGGCGCUGCUCCGGGAUUCAGUCCCGAUGCGAAGCUCUGCGUCAGUCUGCUGUGCCUCUCAGUCUCGCUCUUCAUCGCAUGGCUGCACCUCCAGCAGAGCGCGAAGCUCGCAGAGAUCACCCACAAAUACGAGCUUCUGCGCGCAGACAGCCGCGGCGUCCUGGAGCUGGAGCACAGACUCACCGCGGUCUCUCAGCAGUGUGCUCCGGCCGUCUCUCGGAGCGAGGCUCUGGACGCGGAGGUGUCCCGGCUGCAGGAGCGCUUCUCCAGUCUCGCCGGUCAGCGGCAGCAGCUCCAGCUGAACCUGAGCGCUGUGGCUCGGGCCGUGGAGAGCGCGGAGCAGCAGGUCUCCAGCGAGGUGAGCUCCAGGCUGGCCUCCAUCCGUACGGACGUGCGGCGCAUGGCUGGGCUGGAGGGCGAGGUGGAGCUGCUGCUCAGCCAAACUCAAGCCCUGGAGGAGAAGGUGGCGCAGACGGAGAAGCUGAUGGUCAGGCGCAUCGGUGACCUGCUGGCCGGCAGCAUCGACCGCGUCUCGGCUCUGAGGAGCUCUGCUGACAGGAGCGGCCAGCGGCUGGAUCAGAUCAGCGCGCUCGUUCACCAGCUCUCAGAGGUGCACCGCCAGCUGUCCGAGCGCGUCCUGGCACUGGAGAGCGGACAGGCCAAGCUGCUGAGGACCGCCACCUUCGCCAGCGACCUCAAGCCCAAGGUCUUCUCCAUCAGGCAGGACUUCGCCGUCAUCGAGCCCAAACUGGACGACCUGACGCUGAGGAUCGGCCUGCUGGCUGAAGACCUGAUGAGCCGAGAGGAGGAGCGCAGUCAGAGAGACGAGACCACACACGACGCCUUGAACGAGGAGGCGUGGACUCCAGACGCUCGGGACACUGAGCAACUCGAGAGCUCCUGCGUGAGGUCUGCUGACUGAGAAACACUGACGUGAACAUCACCACGAGAUGCGGCGUGAUCCUGACUGCCAGACCUCACUGACGAGGUUCUGCAUGCAGUGUACAUCAAAGAAUAGCCAUCUACGAAGCAUGGUACACUUUACCAGCCAGAAGUGUGAUGCUAAGAAUUCAGCUUUGAAAUCACAGGAAUAAAUUACAUUUUGAAAUGUAUUCAAAUAGAAACCAGUUAUUAGGAGGAGUGUAUCUUUCAGGGAUGAAGUCCGUUCUCCUCACAUCCACGUCCUGCAGAAAAACAUGUUCAAUAAGGUUUGACGAGCAGAAAGUGUCCAAGACUUCAGUCUUUACUCUGAAUAUAUUGAUUGCUUCAUAUUUUAAAACCUAACAAACUUUGAACAUUUAAAACGUUUUUGUGAAAAAUAUGACUGCUGUUUUUCUUUGAAAUAAAUGUUAUUUUAAAUGUAAAGACAAUUUGCAUUAUUUUUAAACACAGUAGUAAACAUUUGAAGUGGAUCAAAAAAGUUCAUCAAAGUUGUCCAAAGACAAGAACGCAUCUUAGUUUAGGUUUUGAUCCGCUUCAAAUGUUGACUACUGCUGUGUGUUUGGAGUCUGCUAACACAAAUAUCAGUGAGGCAGUAUUCACGUAUUACAGUAGUUUUCUACAGCAAGCAGUCAUGAAACUUCGACAGUGAUUCGGGGUCUCAGGGCUGUGUUUUGAUUGCCGUGAUCCAUGUUUGCAUCUGUCAUCUGCUCCUGAGACAAUCUGCUGUAUGUGACGUUUUAGACAAACAGGGCGAAUUAAAGCAAUAUAUUUUAGUUGUUUAGUUGAUUUUAAUGCUUUGUCAUGUUUUAAAUUAUUUGAAGUCAUCUUGAGGCACAUUUUUGGAUGUUUGCUGAUAAACAACGUUAUAUAGAAAAUGUAUUUAUAAAUAAUUAAAAUACAUAAAUGUGAGAAACGCUCUCAUGUCAUGUAAACAAAGCUGAUUCUCAGUAGUUCACUUUGAGGUAUGACUUAACAGUAAGUUUUUACUGUAAUUUAUGUGUAAAUAUCAAGGAUUUUCCAUUUUAUGACCUCUUUAAAAUACAGAAAUGUUCAAAAUUUGUGAAAUGUUCUCAUCAUGUUAUAUUAAUAUUAAUUUUGGAUGUUAUUUUAGGUAUUGCAUUGGUCAUUUGACACAAUGGUUUAAAACAUUUUAUUGGAAAACAACUACAGUGUAUUGUAUUUUGGUUAUUAUGAUGACCAGAUUAAGAUCUGAUUAACUUACACGGCUUCUCCAGGUCUACACAUCAUGCUUUAGCAAUCAGGUUUGGUCAUGUAUCCAGGUUUUUCAAGUCUGUGUGAAUUAAAAUCAUAAAAUGUCUUUUUCAGUUGUUCUAGUUUAUCUUUAGCUGACGAAUGCUUGUUUUGUCUUACUUCGAGUUGUUUUAAGUCAUCUUGAAGUGGGCCAGACACCCUGGAUGAGAACCACUGGAUUAAUUAAACAAACAAACAUAAUGAUAUGAAAAAUGCAUUU